AUGAGAAAGUCAAAUGAAUACAUCUCCGUUUUAUUCGCAGUAGUGAUCGUAUUCGCAUCAACACACAAAGUAAAUGGACGGUACGAACCUGCAUAUUUGGAAACGAAUAUGGUUGGAAGGGAUACAAAUACAAAUACGUUUCGCGUUAUUCAAGAGCAGACGGCAGCUAUGGCUUUCGAAUGGAAACCAAUGAAACACAAAAAUUUCGAUUAUGUCUAUUUGGUUCUAAACGUAUACCUUUGGCCCGAUGAAACGGUGAGAGUUUACAAAGGCAAUAUAGGUUUAUUAGAAGCUAUUGGACAACCGUGUGAAGCGUCGACACUUCGUGCAGAAGGCUACAACACAAACUAUUUUUAUUCUAACUUCCAGACCUAUUAUAUGACAUACAAAAGAA